AUGACCCUCAUACAACAAAACACUGAUUAUGAUCCCAAUCAUCCCAAUAUCAACAAUUCAACAACAUAUGAAAAUCAAAUAGAUUCAAACAUGGUUCAAUAUCAAAUGACCACUGAUCCAAAAGAGCAACAACAGCAACCGCCCACUGAGUAUCAAAUGCCAAUGCAAUUACCUCCACCUCAACAAGUGUACCUCGUAAUGCCCAACAACACUCCAUAUGAGGUGCCUCAAUCAACACUGCAACCACAAACCGUUCAGUAUGUGUACACCACUACAGCCUCAGCAAACGCCGGUUCCAUGGCUAAUGUAGAGCCGAUUCCUCAGGGUUUGAUGAAUACGUCGGUACAGGUCGUCUCCUCUCCCACAACCGAGAAUGCCGGCUUGCUUAAUCAAGAUACGGAUGGAAACUACGUCAUGAAGGCUGGAUGUAAUGAGUUUGCUUGGAUCACAGGUGUAGUUGGAUGUAUCUUCUUAAUAUUAUUCCCCUUUUUGGGUCUUCCAUUUUUGUUGCUUGCAAUAUUUCAAAGAAAUUCGGAUUAUGUGUUCGAUGACAAGUCCAAAGAGAUGGUUAUUCAUUUGUACGGUGCAUUCAUUCCUUUUGGAUGCUUAGAUCGCGAAGAGAGAAUACCAUACCAUUCCAUCAGUGAUAUUGUUAUUCAAGAAGAUUGGUCGAUUCGAGUCAAUGGACAGCCUUCAGCAAAGAUUUUUGCACUUUUAAAGAAUGGAUCAAGUGUUCAAAUGACUAAAGGUUACACUGCCAGAGCUGUGGCUUCAUCGAGAGCAAGAAAAAUUAAGGAAUUGCUAAGGGAAAGAUUGACCGUUUAA